AUGGCGUUAUUGCUGCAUUCUGUAUCAGAAACUAUCUUUGGCAGUAUACAAUCAACUGAAGUUAAUACCCUGAUUGAGAGCAGCCCACCUCACAAAAAAUACAGAAUCUCUGAAAGCUCUGUUCCUAACACCUCCUUUUUCUCAAUAAAAACUAAUAAUAAUGAGGAAUCUAGUUCACCCCCAUUUGCAGAUCACAUGCUAUCACCCCAAGAACAACAAAAUGUAAACAACCCGAUUGAGCAAUGCACCAGGCCAACUAAGCCCCUGAAAAUAAAAAAUUUCCCAAGAUUACAGUCAACCAACAAUAGAAAUUUACACAGUACUCUAGUACCUGUUUCUGUGACUGCUAUGCCCUAUACUUCUUCUCCCAAACCUACCAAAAACCCAACUUUGGUUUUGAACCCAAAUGAGAUAGAUACCGAACCUACCAACCUAUUACCAAAUUCCCAAGCUAACUCACCUACAUCUAGCAACAAUACCUCGAAUUCUACUAUCCAAUCUGCAUAUCAACAAUAA